AUGAAGAUUGAUUCAAUAAAUGUUCUCUUCCAGUCCAACAAAUGGACAUUAGUGAAGUUCUACGACUCGUUGACUCAAAGCAAGAAUCAAAUGAAUCAGCAGGAAUUGAAUGAAGAAUGGGAUUUCAGUAGUCAAGGAUACAUGAAAGGUAAGCUGAAAUAUUUAUGUCCUUUCUCAAUUCUCCAUUGA